CUUCGAGUUUUAAAGAUGUCAGUGGCGUCGAAACGAAGCCGAUUUGAAAACCGAUCAUCGUCUCAUCUUCUAAACGACCGAAAAGUCUCUAUUUUUACUCCAGUCUUGCUGUAUUUCCCUUUGCGCCUUCUCCACGUCCGCUAUGGCGAAUUUUCUGGCACCUGUUACGAUUUUCCAGUCCGCUUAAAAAUAGAACAGCUGGACAAAACACGGCUGACGAAAAUCAGAGGUCCCAGUCUUACGAUAUUUUUCAUGUGCACGUUGACCACACGUUGUCUCGCCGAAUUUUCUCGUGGAAAAUCCGGGAAUAUGUGCAACCAACAGUUCGUGCUAAGAUGGCACUACCACCAGUCCGCGAUCCUCGGAAAUCUUCCUAUGCUCUUGGAGUCUGACAUGCUGACUGACAUCACGAUAUCGGUGGACCAAGAGACUGUGAAGGCUCACAAGGUGGUUCUGGCUCUUUGCAGCACGUAUUUCUUCCAGUUGUUCCAGAAUAUGGAUAGUGUACAGAACCCAGUGAUUGUGCUUCACAACGUAAGCGCGGACGAUAUAAAGGCAGUUCUCCAGUUUAUUUACAAGGGACAAUGUGUGGUAACUAGGGAGCAACUACCCAGCCUACUGUCUGUGGCUAAAUUACUAAAAAUCCAAGGUUUAUGUGAUAUGAAUGUACCUGAAAAUAGCGUAGAUAGUAGUUCAGAUAAAAACUCGACAGACGAACCUACCAACCCGGAAGAGAGUCCAACGAAUGCUUUGACCAUAAAAGAAGAAGAAAAGGUAGUUGCACAAGAUGAGCACAUGAACAAAGUGGAAAUAUUGCCGUCCGAACGAGAUUUUCCGUCGACGAAUUUGAAAAGAAAUUCAAUAACGACAAGCAGCUGCAGUACGCUAUGGGAAACUUCGAUUUUAGAUAAGUUGUCGCCCAAAAUACCGAAAAAAUCAAACAAGGAUCAGUCAGAGAGUUGUAAAUGUUUUCUGUGUGGUAAAUAUUUAAGCAAUCAGUACAAUUUGAGAGUUCACAUAGAAACGCAUGAGGAGGCUUAUUAUGCCUGUCAGUCUUGUCCCCACGUGUCAAGGAGUAGAGACGCGUUGAGAAAACACGUUUCUUAUAGACAUCCUCAAGAUUAUCACAGUAGAAAACGUAAAAAACUGCAGCACGACACUUACUGAAUCGAUUCUACUAAUAAAUUAUUAUUUUCUCAAA